GUUUUAUGCAUUUUUUGAAAGGCUCUUGGUUUCUUCGUCGGAUAAAUAUUGUCUAUGCGUCGUGAAUGUGACAUCGCGUUUAUAGACGGAAUAAAAUGGAAGACAGGCUGUCGUCAGAAGGAAGCCAUCACACCCACGGUGACCCACCGAGCUUCCAGGUACGAGCCCGGGUUCAGCACCACGGAAUCCUCGGCAAACGGUCUUUCUCGUCAGACUACGGUUCCAGCGGACUCGGCUUGAACCCGCCGUUUCACGGCCCGGGUUCCACGGGAUCCGCCAAAUGGGCCAAGCGAUUCUUCGUCGUCAAGGACAGUUUUUUGAUGUACUAUGCGGAAAGUGAGAGGAAAAGCUUUGAAAAAAGAGGCGGCACUGGAGGCUGGUUCAACAUGAGGCCGAAGGGUGUCGUGCCUUUGGGCGGUUCGAGCGUGACAACGUCUUCCGAGAUUGGGCAGGAGUACGUGAUACAUAUCACGAGCGACGAAUUCCAACAUGGUCAUUUGAUGUUGGCUGCGGAAACAAGAUCUGAAAUGGAGCGAUGGGUGCAGGCAAUUGGAGAAGCAAGCAGAAUUACCUGGAACAACUGCCAGUUGGCAGAGACGAUGCUCAGAGACCUUGAGAGCCAGGGUUACGCAUUGAACAAGGAAAAACACAUUUAUUAUGAACGUUUGCAACAAGAGACGGAAGCGUUAAGACGGGAAAAAGACAAAAACCAGGAAUUGGAAGAAGUGAACGAACGCUUGGACCAAGAGAAACUCAAGUUGGAGAAAUCGUUUGAGGAAUUGAGAGAACAACUGGCCCGGGUUCAACAAGACUACGAAGACGUGUCCAUGGCCAUUUCCAUCGUAGAAGAAGAUCGUCAGAGCCUGUUGAAAACUGCGGAAAAACUCCAAGCAUCGUUGAACGAUCUGGAAAAGGAAAAGGCGGAUAUUUUGCUGACGCUUGACGAAGCCGGUGCUGCCAAAUUGGAGAAGCGACGUGGCGACAGUUACCUUCGAGAAUUGCAAGCGUGUCUGGACCUGAUUGAGGAAGAGCGCCAGGUUUUGCUACAGGAACAAACGGAUAUUCGAUCAAGAUGCCAAACGAGUGAAGCGAGGAAACAGAGAUUGGAAGCAGAACGGACUUACAUAUCUGAUCAAUCGGAUAAACUCAUGACAUAUUCUGCUCUCAUGUGCAAACCGGAAGCGAGUCCGGAUGCCCCAAAGCGUGAUUUUGAAACUGCUGCGUUUUCCCUGGAAUCUCUGGAAUCGAUUUUGCUCAAGACGUCGAAUCUCAGUGACCAGUUCAAAAGUGAAAUCGCACCGAAAUUGUUUAAGUUGAAAGAUUAUUUUAAAAUGCCGCAGUGGAGGAAAAAAGUACCGGAACGUGAAAUUGAUGCAUCGGGCGUUGCUCAAUCGAUGAAUGAUCUGACAUUCACAACACCACAGAAGGCGAAUGAUGAGAAAAUGAAUCAAGUUCGGCGUUGUCAGACAAUGCGACUAACUAAAACCGAACCAAAGAAUACAUUGACUGCGUUGGUGGCUCGUAACAGUCUGCGACGGGAUCCAAAGUUACCAGGAAAGUACCAUACGAUGAAACUCUCAAUGAAGAACAAGAAGGCCGGGCGAUCGACGAAUGGAGCCCCGCAUGCUGAUGCUCUCACGGAUCUUUCUCUGGCCGGCAUCAAGGAAGUGAACGGGGUUCACAAAGGAGAAAGUUAUUGUUGAUUCCUUUUUUUUUAUUAUUAUUUAUCCCGAAAUGCUCCGUGACAAGUUUUGUUAGAAAUGGGACUUUCGGAUAGUUGAUGUCUUAUUCCGGAAUUUUAAGGUAUUGAAUCGCUGUGGUAAUUUCCAUGACGCCUUUGUGUAGGAUUCUGGCAGAAUCUGGAACUUUUAUUUCGAAACAAACUUAAUACUGGAUGUACAAUUUUAUCGCCUAGAAGCCCUAGAUUUUUUCUUCUCAUGACUGACGGAGAGUUGAGAAGGGGUCUCAUUGUCUAAUGCUCGUUCAUGAAAUAUUUUUCCAAAGUCUACCACUUUCAAGGCAUGACUGUAUGUUUUUCUGGGUAAAAUUAUGUUGGUCGUACAUAUAAUAUUGACAGUACAGUCAAACCCCGUUAAGACACCCCCAAUAAGCCGCCACCUCGGCAACCGCCAAUUUAUUUUGAAAUACAAAUCUUCUCUGAUGGUAGAAGCAUUGGAAACCCUAUUAAAAUUUCAUCGAUAGAAAUUGUUGAGAACUCGUAUUCCUGUCACUUAAUUUUGUCUUUGAUUGCCCACUGACGUAAUUCAAGUUUCUGAUGUAAAAUAAUUAUAGAUGGCAUAAUUUAAUUUUUGGGAGCCUUAGCUAGGUACUGUAUAAUUUACAAAGCCCAGGGUUAUUUUGAUUGUUUUCUAGAAGAGUGCAAAUUUAAUUUUCAAUUAUGCCCAAUUUUCAUAUCAUUCCAGCAGUUUUGAUAAACCACCAACCCCCUUUGAACUGCCAACCCUUUCACAUCACAGGAAACAAAUGGUGACAGCUGAUUGAGGUUUGACUCUUGCUCAAAUGCUGAUUGGUGACAUGGUAGUUGGUACCAAUUUCUCCUUUCCUGCACAUUGUAUUUCAUUGUUUUUUAGUUUCCUUCACAACCUACUGUAUUUACUGCGUGGUGGUACUUAGUCAGCCAAUAUGUGGUACAAUAAGCAUGUCUGCAAAGCAGUACUAUUCAUAUAACUUUCAGAGCCAAGGCUUCCUUCUUUUCACAUUCGAAGGUCAGGUACUUGUAAAAUAAAAUACGAUACAUUGCAUUGAAAGCUCUUGACUAUCCGAUUGUCCCUUCCACCCGGAAGUUUUCAACAACAAAAAAGUGUGCAAAAACAUGACGACGAAAAUUGUGUUGGUGCAGUGUUAAUUGCGGGAAUUUUCAGCAUUCUUUUUCGUAUUCCAGAGAGCUUAAGCGAUUUAUUUUUUUGUACGUUGAGGGUGAUAGAUAAUUCGGACAGGGAUGCUUGCAAGUGAUACUCUCCUGGUAAACGGAACGUAUUGGAAGUUCAACGACAGAGCGAUUUCAACGAGGAGAAUCCAAUGGAAGGUUGUCGAAGAGGGCUUCAGCACCAUUAUUUUGUAUUCGUUGCUCAUUUUGUAAUUCAGUGGCUAUUCCGGGUAAUGGCAUCGUUAAUGACGAGAGGAGCAUUUAUGGAGUUGCAACUUUCAAUGUACCUGCUAUAGUGACCAGGUGUCAUAUUCUCUGGCAAUUUUUAUCUCCUUGCAAGUUGUGUGCUAGUGAUGUGAUUUCAUCUAGGGAAGUGACUAAGACUUCCUCAGGGAAAAAAUGCCUUUCUUUUUAGUUCAUCCAGACGAUAUUGCGAAGAUGAAAAGUUGCAUUUGAGCAGUUGACCUAGAAAUGCAUAUUUAUUUCUUCCUGUUGCAACA